GGUUUCGCCGUGGUGCUUGUAAUCCACUCGGCUUGUGAUGACGGGGACGGUAACAGCGUGGUUUUAGCAGCGCCUCUCUAAUGGACACAGAUGUGGUGAACAUGGGGACGGACGACAACCAGUGUGAGAAUGGGCACAAAGAUGUGGAUCCACAGAGCACUGAAGAUGAGCCACUACUCAGAGAAAACAGAAGGCGGUUCGUCAUCUUUCCCAUUCAGUACCCCGACAUCUGGAAAAUGUACAAACAGGCCCAGGCCUCAUUCUGGACCGUAGAGGAGGUGGAUUUAUCAAAGGAUCUGGCUCACUGGGAGAAACUGAAGCCUGAGGAGAGACACUUCAUAUCACACGUCUUGGCUUUCUUUGCGGCGAGUGAUGGCAUUGUCAACGAGAACCUGGUGCAGAGGUUCAGUCAGGAGGUGCAGGUCCCAGAAGCACGCUCUUUCUAUGGCUUCCAAAUCCUCAUAGAGAAUGUGCACUCGGAGAUGUACAGCAUGCUGAUCAACACCUACAUCAGAGACCUAAAGGAGAGAGACUAUUUGUUUAAUGCCAUUGAGACCAUGCCUUGUGUGAAAAGAAAAGCAGACUGGGCUCUACAGUGGAUCUCUGACACAAACUCUACAUUUGGGGAGAGACUGAUCGCAUUUGCGGCAGUAGAAGGCAUCUUUUUCUCGGGGUCAUUUGCCGCCAUCUACUGGUUAAAGAAAAGAGGUCUGAUGCCCGGACUUACAUACUCAAAUGAGCUCAUCAGCCGAGAUGAGGGUUUGCACUGCAAUUUCGCCUGCCUUAUGUACAGUUACCUGGUGAAAAAGCCUUCCACUGACAGGGUGAGGGACAUCAUCACUAAAGCGGUUAGCAUUGAACAGGAGUUUCUAACCGAAGCUUUACCAGUCGACCUCAUUGGAAUUAACUGCUCUCUGAUGAAACAAUACAUCGAGUUUGUGGCUGACAGGUUGUUAACCGACUUAGGAUUGCCAAAGGUAUAUCAGGCAGAGAACCCCUUUGAUUUCAUGGAGUCCAUCUCACUGGAAGGAAAAACCAACUUCUUUGAGAAGCGAGUGGCUGAGUACCAACGAUUUGGAGUGAUGUCAAAUACAAUGGAGUGUGAAUUCACUCUUGAUGCAGAUUUCUAAUGGGCUACGGUGUACAGUAUAUAACUGAGGCUGAAGAACAUCCACUUGUGAAGGAGUAAAAGCAAUCAGUUCACAUGAGCAAAGUCCUCUAAUACGCUGAUGUUAAAUUUUUACAUUUUUGCAAGUUGUGCGAGAGUGAAGACGGCCUAAUUUUUAGGUUCAGAGAAUUUUACUGCAAAACUACUUCUCCAGCCUUGAACAGCUCCGGUAACAAGUGACAUGAAACUGUUACAGUAUGCAGUAUUAUUAUCGGCUUAUGUGAGUGUCCAGUAAAAUAUGACUACAACAGGACACUACUUACAGUCUGUAAAAACUGAAAUAUUUCAUUGGUUUGUACUGAAAAAAUACAGUAGUUCCAGUCGGGAUGCCCUUUUUUGUUGUACGGCUAAUUUCAGCUACCUCAGUUGAUAUUCUAUCAAACAAACAUGCUGUGAGAAGAGUCUUUUCUAAAAAUUACAGUUCUGAAAUCACUUCAGUACGGUCAAAUCACAGCUCAUUUAUAAAAAACUUGUUCAAACAAUGGGGAAAUUCUCAUACUAAACUAGUUAUGCAGUUGACAUUGCUGACAGUUGAUACAUUUGUUUUAUUGUUUUACAGAAGGAUGUAAAGUAACAGUCAUUGGUGAUUUGAGUAUUUGUGUAUUUAUUGUAUUUUACUCUUCUGCUGUAUUCAACUCAGUGUUAUAAGAUCUUAAACAUUGAUUAAAACCUUUUGAUCUUA